AGGCACAGCAGCCGGCAGCGGCCUGGGGAGACACAGCCUUGGGGGGACACCCCCCACCACAACCACCCCAAACCCAGCGCGAGCUGAGCACACUGCUUUGCAGCCCGACCCACAAUGCUUCUCUGGCGGGCAGACCCUUUCAAAGUCCAUGGUCUAAAAAUUCCAUUCCUGGACUUUGUUAAAGCAAUUCUGCCUCAGAACUGAUCUUGCACAGCAGGCAAUCGCAUAGCCUGCAUUCAUCAGCUCUCCUUAGGAGAAGGUGGGAGACCCAGGCUUCCAUAACUUGACCAGAACAGGAAGGACUGGGAGAGAAAUCAUGACCCAAGAGCGACUGUGGCAGGUCCUAGAUCCAUCCUGGGCAGAUCCUCGCGCCCUCUCAGCUCUGCUCUGCAGUUCAGCUGCAGCCGUUGUGCUAGUGAAAUGGCUGGGACGUAGGCAGAUCCAGCAGAAGAUGGAGGAGGCAAGGAGGACACGGGAUCUGGCCCUGGAGCGAAUGGAGAAGGCAGCUCACAGGUUUAAGCAAGAGAACCCAGGCACCCAGACUGCACACAUCCUUUCGUUGACGAUGGUUGAGCUGGCAGAGAAGCUAAAGGAGGGGUCCCUGUCCCCAGAGAGUGUCCUCUACUCCUACAUGGGCAAAGCUUUGGAGGUGACUCGGGAGGUGAACUGUGUGGUAGAUUUCAUUCACGGCUGUGAGGAUCAGCUCCAGAAACUGAAGAAGCAGAAGGAGAAGGGGCUGCUCUAUGGCAUUCCCGUCAGCAUCAAGGACCACAUUAACUGCAAGGGCCACGUCUCCUCUGGAGGGAUGGUGAAGUUUCUGGGCCAAGUGAUGGAAGAAGACAGUGUCAUCGUCCAGGUUCUAAAGAGCCAGGGAGCAAUCCCCUUUGUGAAAACCAACAUCCCACAGACGAUGAUAAACUAUGACUGCAGCAACCUCAUCUUUGGCCAGACGCUGAACCCUCUUGACCACCAGAAGAGCCCUGGGGGCUCCUCGGGAGGGGAGGGAGCUCUGAUCGCAGGAGGAGGCUCCAUCCUGGGCAUCGGGUCGGAUGUAGCUGGCAGCAUCCGCCUGCCGUCCAGCUUCUGCGGGCUGUGCGGGCUCAAACCCACAGGCAACAGGAUCAGCAAACUGGGUGUGGUUUCUUCUAUCACAGGAAUGAAAUCAGUGACAGCGAUGCUGGGGCCGAUGGCGAGAGAUGUGGACAGCCUGGCCCUCUGCAUGAAGGCGCUGCUCUGCCAGGAGAUGUUCCGGCUGGACCCCACCGUGCCCCCCAUCCCCUUCAAUGAGGAGGUUUACACCAGUUCAAAGCCACUUCGGAUUGGGUAUUAUGAAGGAGACGGCUAUUUCCAGCCCUCACCCAGCAUGAAACGGGCGGUCCAGCAGACAAGGAAGCUCCUCCAGGAUGCAGGGCAUACGCUUGUUCCCUUUGCACCACCCAAGAUUGAUUACGUGGUAGACGAGCUGUUCACCAGAGGGAUUUUCUCGGAUGGUGCUGCUCACCUGGUGGACUGCUUCAAAGGAGACAUCGUGGAUCCCAACCUGAAAUCCCAGUUCAAUACUUACAGGCUUCCUACUCUGGUGAAAAGGAUCUUGGCUGUCAUUUUGAAACCCAUAUACCCACGAAUCGCUCGGGAUCUCAGCGCUCUCUGUGGAGUGGGGUCUGCCAAAAAUCUCUGGGAUCAGCAUGGAGCAGUGGCGGUUUACUGUGCUGAAUUCAUUGCUAAAUGGAGGAAGCUGAGGCUGGAUGUGAUUCUUUGUCCUGCGCUGGGGCCAGCCUUCAACCACGGCUACGCUGGGAAGCUCUUUGCGGCGACCUCCUAUACCAAUUUAUACAACGUCUUAAACUUCCCUGCCGGUGUGGUGCCGGUCAGCACCGUCACAAGAGCCGACGAAGAAGAACUGAAGCAUUACCGAGGGCACUACGGGGACCCUUGGGAUAAGAGGCUGAAAGAGGCUGUGGAAGGAGCCGUGGGGCUGCCGGUGGCCGUCCAAUGCGUGGCUCUGCCAUGGCAGGAGGAGCUGUGCCUUCGCUUCAUGAAGGAGGUGGAGACACUUGCCCGCAGCACAAAGAGAAAUCUGUGAUUCCUGGGAACCUGCCUUCGCUAUGACGACUUUUCUUUCCCUGCCCUUCACUCCAGCCACCUUGCACAAAGCAAAGUAGAUAGCGACCUGCAGACUCUGAACCACCGCUUCAAUAAACUGGCAAUAAAUGUUGUUUUUAAAUAGUCAGCAAAAAUCACAUCUCUGUCCAAAUUGUCCUUCUUUGUUAGAGAUAAAUUGAGUCAAAAAAAAAAAAAAAAAAAAAAGAAAAAAAGAAAGGAAUGAGAGUUAAUGCUGAACUAAAGGAGUCCAAUAACUAUAGUGGUAAAAAUAUCUGUUGUAUGAUAUGAGACCAAAGAGCUGUUUACCCCAAUAUUUUACUUCCAACAGUAACAGUGGGCAGGAGCGGAUGUUUGCGGGCGAGUAAAGUGACGGAUUCCCUCUCUGGGCUAAGAGACUUCUUGGCAGAAAGUUGCAGUCAGCGUGUCAUUCUUAAUAGCUGCCAAGAAAGUUCUCCUUCGUGAACUUGUUGGGCCCCUUCCUGAACUCAGUUACUCUCUUGAUUUCCACACCAUCCGGUGGCAGUGGGCUCUGCAGUUGAGCUGGGCAGUGAGUAUUGGAGAGCUUAAUUUUCAUUGUUUAAGCAUAAGCUGUGAGAAAUGGUAACUGGUCUGUCUUCAUUCCUGUUCCUUACUGUUUCUUCCAGGUAAGCAAUGGGAAAAGAAGGUUGGGGAUUUUUUAUUGCCUUUAAGCAAUAAAAGUUUAAGCGUUUUUGCGGCUACAUUCAGACCAUUCACACUGUUUGGUGCUUCCAACCUGACUGUCACAAUUGUGUGCCGUUUCUCGACGCAUCCUUCACUCUCAUGGUGGAGGAAGAGGCUGGAAGGGAAGGCGGAGGCGGGGGGUGGAGGAGACCGAAAUGCUUUGAAUAAGCAAGUGCGCCUUGAAACAAGGCAUCAACGUGAGCGAUGAUCCGUGCCUUCUCCAAGCUACAUAUCUCUCCAGGCGCCAGGGCUGGAUGCAAUAUUUCCACCAGAGGAGGAGAGAGAUGAGGGGCCAAGGGGUGACUCUGCUCUUGUUAUUUAUGUCCCUCGCUGGGGCUGCGCAGGGAUGCUGCAGUCAUCCACCAGCCUCCCAUGGUCACAAGCAGGUCUGAGUCACACGGAUGAGUCCUGACUCCUCAGCCUGACUCACCACCCUCUGUUCAGCAGCAGGGAGAAGGUCAACGGCCCAGCCCUGCUCCCAGAAGAUGCCUUGUCUCUGCAGGACUGCUGCUGGGCGGUGCCAGCCACAGAGCUCCUGCCUGAUGGGAGUCUGCCGAAUGACCGUGACUAUCUCAGGCCAGGAGCGAAGGAUUUAGAGCUCUCCUCUCCUAGGGAAGAUGGGAGCUCACCACUAAACAGGCUUUGUGCCCAGCCAUGGAGCAGCUGGGACCAUCCCAGCCCUUCACCAUCGGGGCGCUGAAGUCUCCGCUGUCACUCGGUGGGGACAGACCUGUGCACGACACCAGGCACGACGGAAGACGUAGGAACGCUCC